AGAGAGAGAGAGAGAGAGAGAGAGAGAGAGAGAGAGAGAGAGAUCAGCCAUGGCAAAUAUCGCUGUGCAGAGGAUCAAGCGAGAGUUCAAAGAAGUGCUGAAAAGCGAAGAGACAAGUAAAAAUCAAAUAAAAGUAGAUCUGGUGGAUGAAAACUUCACCGAGUUAAAGGGAGAAAUAGCAGGACCACCAGACACACCGUAUGAAGGCGGCAGAUACCAGCUAGAAAUCAAGAUUCCUGAGACGUAUCCUUUUAACCCACCCAAGGUGCGGUUUAUUACUAAGAUCUGGCAUCCCAAUAUAAGUUCAGUUACCGGGGCGAUAUGUUUGGACAUUUUAAAAGACCAGUGGGCCGCUGCUAUGACUCUGCGAACAGUUCUGCUCUCACUACAGGCUCUUUUAGCUGCAGCAGAGCCAGAUGAUCCUCAAGACGCUGUGGUAGCCAAUCAGUACAAGCAGAAUCCAGAAAUGUUCAAACAAACCGCUCGUCUCUGGUCUCACGUUUACGCUGGUGCACCCGUGUCCAGUCCCGAGUACACGCGCAAAAUAGACAAACUCUGUGCUAUGGGCUUUGACAAAGGUAAUCAGAUGUCGUACAGGUCGCCUGCCACUGUGGCAAAAUUACCAGCCACUUCCCAAAAGCAACAGCAUUUGACUGAUGAAUGCAGUAAUAGUAGCCUUGUCCUCAAAAUCAUGGGACGUGGAGACAGCGACAGAGCUGCUGCUAAGCAACUGAUCACCCAGUUCUCUUUAUCAGGCCAUGUUUUCCUCAAACCCUCCUGCUUCAUGACCCAUCGCUCCCACACGUGCAUCACCCGUCUCGGUUUGUGUUCAGAAUGAAUGUUUGGGGAAGAGGCAGCACUGAAUCAUCUUCUGUCUGUCUUAGCAAAUCUUCACUUGUCUCAUCUUCCCCUCCCCAUCAUUUUCACUUAAUUUUUUUUUUGCCUUGCUAGAAUAAUUUUCCCUCUUAAAUUCAGGCUGUCACUUUCUUUUUAAAGAAACCCAACAAAGACUAAGCCUCUAUCAUUUCAUGCAAAAAAUGUCAUUUCAUGCUAAAAAAAAACACCUGCGUCUGUGAAACAAUGUCAGUACAUGUAAAUUAGUAUAUUUAAGGUUGUGUACAUUUAAAAGGCAAAAUAGCAGGAAUGUUUUUUUUUCUGUACACCAUAAAAAUACGUUUUGGGAUGUGUAUUUGAAUGGGAUAUUUAGCAUAUAAAAACAAAAAUCUGAGAUUAAUAAUACCCCCUUCUAUUUGAUGCUCUUACAAUGAACAAAUGUGUUUUUAUUUGCUCAUUUUAUUAUUUUAAGGUUUCUUUCGGCUUUCCUUUGCACUAAUCUGUCUGUGUAGUAGUUGAUACGGCCAGAUGACAUGGUGUUAUGUUGUGAGCGCAGACACAGUUUCAAACUUACUGGGUGAAGUGCUAUAUAUAUAUUUUUUUAACAAAAGGAAGAUUGCCAUUUCUCAAUUUUCCCCGUUUUUGAAAAGUGGGACGGUGUGGGAUUGAUGGUCACAAACCCUUUCUUUUUCUUUUCAAGGCAGCUGUAAGGUUUACAACUUGAUAAUGGACCGAUACACCUCGAGUUGCCUCUUUUUUUUGAAGAAUGUAUUGAAUGAAACAACUUGCAUUUAAGUGUAAACAUGUUGUACAUUUACAGAUGAGAAAGUGAAGACAUGAGAGUUUCUGUUAACGAUUGGCUUUUUUGUGGAACAAUCAAUACGGUUCAGUUUGGCAUUGGUGCAGAAGUUUAAAAGGGUCUCCGAGUGUGAGGUGGGCUGCGUUUCUUAUCAUACCAAAAUUGUAUUCAGAUUUCCAUUCACAGGAUACAGAUAUAAAUUCGUAUUUCCUCCAUAAGCAAUGUUGGAAGCAUGAAUCGAACAGCUAGAGUUUUUUUAGUCUACAACGAUGCUUCAGAGCAAACAGGCCAAGCACGAGUACUGCCACACAAUGCUUUGUGAGCCUGUUUUUACCUAGUGUUCUCUUCAUUUCUUACAUGGGUGAAUUGUUAAAAGUGUCUAUUCUCCCUUUGCUAUUUGCUAGCAUUCCCAUAUAGAAUCGGUUUUUAAAAUGCCCCCACGUUCACAGCUAGUUGCUUUCGAACACCACUUUCCUCGUGUACAUACAGCCAAGUUUUUUGGGGGGGAUAAAGUACUGUUCAUCUCUAAAAUGCACCAUUGAUGGCUGGAUUUAUAUUUUGUAUGAAAAUCAAAAAUGAAACAAAAAACAAGACUGUCUUCCUGUAGUGAUCACCUUGUUCAAUAUAUUGCACAGAGGAGUGAAUUAAAGGACAAAAACUUCUGUCAAAGGAGAAAUGCAGGUCACGGGCUCUGGCUUUAGUCACUUUAAGCUUCUUUACAAAACACGACAGAAAAAACCCCUACUCGAGCCGUACAAGCAUGGUUAUUUAUUGUGAAACUCAUUCUUUUGAAUUAAAAAAAGUGAAAAAUGUAAA